UUUUGUGAUUCAAUAAAAUAUAACCUCAACGUGCCCAGUUGAGAAUGUUUGGAUUUGUGUAAUAUCUACAUAAGUACCUACCUGCGAUUAUUAUUUAUUUGUUCGAAUUUUAUUCUUAUUGCUCGCUUGCUCGUGUGAAGGUUUAGUUAUGAUGGACGAGAGUCAAAGUCCUCACGAUCCGGUCGAAACGGAGGAUGUGCCAAGUGAUUUCUUUGAUGAUUUUAAUAAAGAAGAAUUCAUUGAAGGUCUUAGUGUUAUAGAUAGUUGGGAUGAAGGCGAGAAAAAAAGAAGUUCUCGUUAUGAUGAGUCUACACUAGACAGUGUAAAGGAUAUUCGGGAGUUGAUCCGAGAUGACGACUACUCCAGAAAGCGAAAAGGAACUCCAGACAGAAGAAGUGAUAACAAGCAGAAAUUUGAUGAUUAUUACAAAACACUCAAGAAAAAAGUAAAAGAACUAUCAACAGAGUUUGAUCUUGACGAUGUGAUCAAGCCUGGUAGUCGGCGAGAUCCUAAUAAAACAAAUGAAGCAAUUAGAAGAGACAAAGAGGUAAAGGUCAGAGAAUACUUGGGAAAGUGUCUUGAAGGAAAUGAAGAGCUGGUCCCACCAGGCACGGAGCUUGACCAUCUAGAUGGAAAGAAUUUAGAGAUAAAGAGAGACAUGUUAAAGCAAUCACAUGAUCCAAGAGAUAAAGCUGGAAUUCGCUCAAGACGUCUCAGUCCACCAAUGAGUCUGAAACAUAUGCUAUUUCGUUGCAGUCCUCAUCGCAGUACAAAAAGAAGUCCUCGUAAUCAUCGGCAGAGUCCUCGCCGGAGCCCACGCCGAAGUCCUCGACGGAGCCCCCGCCGAAGUCCUCGCCGCAGCCCCCGACGCAGCCCACGUCACAGCAUUAGAACUGACAGAUUAAUUUCUAUGAGGCAUAGAAGACAAUAUAGCCCACAUCGAAGCCCGAGUAGACGCAGCCCCCUUCGAUACCGUCGCUCUCGAUCUCCAAUGCAAUCUAAGGAGCCCCGUUAUCGAAUGCGCUCGAGAUCUCGCUCAAGAGAUGCAUUCCUGUAUCCCGAGCCCUCUUACCAAUCACCUGAGAAAAUGUCCUUUGCAAGCCAAUUGCGAAGUAUGUAUGGUACAGAUCCCAUGUACCAACAGCCAAAUUACUAUGGAGGCUAUGCCCCCAGUUAUGAGUAUGGGAUGCCACCGGUAGAGACGCCGCCGCAGCCCGUGCCUGCCCCAGUGCCCCUCACGUCCAUCCCCGUGACUCCCCCCGCUGUGCCCCCCGCCCCCGCCCCCGCCCCCGCCACCGCCCCAGCCCCGGUAAUGGUGCCGCCCCCUGCUCAGACCGCUCCCGCCCCCAUUUCCUCAGCCCCACUAAUUCAAACCACACCAUAUGAUGCAUUGGCACAACUUGUGGCUGAUGGGAAGCUUUCUAAGGAAGACUACUUAAAGCUAGCUCCGAAAGGUGGAACAAAACCAAUGGAUAACAACGCUAGAGUUAUAGUGUUGACUCGCUGCAAUCAGGCUUAUAGCCGUUUGUCAAGCAAACAAGUGUUACCAAGUCGUCUGGUAAUGCUCAAUGAGUUGAUGAACCUCCCCGAGCAAAAGUGCUUAGCUCCCAAGUAUUGUUCCCCGCUAAAGAGGCAGGCGGCCGUCGAGUUUCACUACACGAAUUCGACCGCGGCGCCCAACAAGCAGGUUAUCGACUCCGUGAUCGCGGCCAUCGGACUCGACAAGAUCAUCUCCAAGCCGAAGAAGACCGCGCGGACAAACGUGAAGGAUGUCGCGGUUCAAACGACGAAGAUGUGCUGCGACGCGUGCGAGAUCCGGGAGUCGACGAAGUUCGACUCGGCCGGCACCGCCACGGAGCCGGACUACUUCUCGGUGUCGACGCACACGCAGGUGCUGGAGCAGGACCUCAUGAGCUCCAAGGUGGUGUUCAACCCCACGGGCGGCGCCGCCGACUCAGCGCCCAUCUCCAUCGCGCACCUGACGCCGGCGCAGCUCGUGUCGCAGCUGGCGGCGCGCGCCAAGACGCUGCAGCAGUCCCAGUUCAGCCGCCGCAACCCGCCCUACGACACCCGCACCCCGCAGCAGUACCACAACUACAACAAUUACCGCUAUUAGGGUACACUUGUUGAUUUGUUAUGCUGCAUUUGCACCUGGCUUUUAGUAUAAAUCAGCCUUUGGAGGUAUUUUUGUUUUGUUAGUUUUAAAACGCCACGUGCGUUUUGAUGCUACAAGUAUGUAAUGUAUGUAAAUAGCAUGAUC